AUGGCAGAUAUCAAAGCCCUCAAAGACGCCGUCUGGCUGAAGAAGGAGGAGAUCAAGAAGGAGGAACAAGGUCUCGCAGACUGGAACGCCCAGCUCACCGAGGUAGAGAGACUGAUCGAGCUCAAUGGCGCCACCAAGGACACCGAAGACCUCCGAGAGGAAAUGAAGCCCUUCAUCGCCAUGCACGAAGCAGCGCUCGCACGCCUGCGCCCGGAGCUCGCCAAGCUCGAAGCCCAGCUUCCCCAAGCUCCUCAGCCAACUGCGCCCAAGUUCGAUCCCGAGAAGCACCCUCUAUUGCGCAAGGCUGCCGAGAAGCAGGAGCCGGAGAAGCCGAUGACAUUCAGCACAGGUGACUUGAUUGAGGCGCAAUGGACAGAUAGGUCCUGGUACAAGGCUAAGAUUCAGAGUGUUUUGGGUUCGGCCUCUGCACCCAAGUAUGUGGUGCGCUUCAUCGACUACGAUGACAGCACCACGGUCGACCGCGACGCUAUUCGUCCCCUGCCAAGCAAGAGAAAGCGCGACCCUGAGCCUGUAGCAGCUCCCUCGCCCGUCACGCCCCUUACGUCGACUCCUCAUGUCAUUUCUGGUCCGGCGUCCAUGAACCCCAACGUCCAGAAAUCCAUCGUUGCCGAAGAGGAGGUCAAGCCCAAGAGCAGGAUCGCAAACAAAGGCCAAUUGAAAAAGCGACAGUCCAACUGGCAGGACUUUCAGACCAAGACCAACAAGAAGAUGCCUAAGAAGGAGUCCAUGUUCCGCACCAGUACUGAAGCAGGCAGCCGAGUUGGCUUCACCGGCUCCGGCAAGGGCAUGACUGAGACCCACAAGCGUGCGCGUUACGAUCACAAGGCUGAUGUCGCCAAUGACGAAGAGUACAGCGCUCUCGCGCCGCCUCAGGCACGCAAACGCUUCUAG